GAGAGAGCAAUGUACCCUCUGCAGUUCCUGUGAGCUUUUCUGCUGGAGGCACUGAGAGAGCAAACAUGAGAUGUUAUCCAAAAGCAGGGCUGUGUGAGCCCACUGAACCUAACAAUUCUGCGCUCUCAUGGAUGUAUGAACACGUUAGUGCCGAAGAUACCAGCAUCAGGAAAUCUCUUCAUGGCUUCUACAAAAUGUAUUGCAAAAAAUGGCCAGACAGAUCAGAUCCCACCUACGAGGCUGCAUCACGAUGUCUGUCGCAGAAGAUUUCAGAGCUAGCAAACCAGGAUGGAACAAAAUACGCAUCGCGUUGCCUGCAAAUGGCCCAGGUGGUCUUGAACAGAGAUGGAUGUAAGAUCUUUCCAAACCACCCCACUACUGCUUGUUUUUCAAAGCCAGCUGAAGAAGUCAUGUUGGAAGACAGAAAGAGAACACCCGGACUCUCAGAUGACAUCCUGCAAUUCCUCUUGAAACAAACACGUACAGAACAUAGCCCUGACGUGUCACAUGAGAAAUGA